UUUUAGAAUAGAUUUCCAUAUCUAUUCAGAUCAAUUUUGUUCAUUAUAUCUCACAUCAUCACAGCUAAGGUUUGUAAAUUGAGAGCGCAAAAGUUUUUAUUUUGUGUCACAUGUGAAAGGUAUACUGAGUUCAGUGAAAAUUGUCUUCAAUGAGCAUUUUAUAAGUUUAACUACACUGUGGUACAAACGAUUUGACUCAGCUACAUCCUGAACUAUACAGUAUUUGUCAUAUAUUUCUCCGACAGACAUAGAAGAUGCCAGAAUGAAUAGAAAUUUAUGCGAAUGAAGGAUUGAACUUUGUUGAAGUUUUAGCUGCUGUAAAACGCUUUUAAUUUGGUGGAGAAAUGGUCGCAGACAAUCAAACGGGGACUUUAACCGCCUCAACUGUAAAUAUUUGUGAAGGAUUUCCCUACCUAACUAAGGAAAUACAACAGCAAUUAAAUGAGGAUUUCUUUCCAGUCUUAAACAAGUUCUUCAUAGCAAUAAACGUCGUACUGUCUCCGAUAACAACAUGUAUGAAUGCACUUAUCCUAAUAUCCAUUUGGAAGACAGUUUCUCUUCAUUCUCCUUCUCAUACUCUUCUCGCCAACUUAGCGUUGUCGGACCUUGGGAUUGGUCUAUUUGUACUGCCUUCGUUUAUCGUCUCGAAGUCCUUUCAGAUAAGUAAGAAUUUGGAUGCUGUCUGUUUUGUUGGCUCUCUGGCAGAAAGCCUAUUCUUUGUAAUAGCCGGAGUGUCGUUUUUUACGUUGACUUGCAUUGCAGUGAACCAGUUCCUAGUUCUGUAUUUCCAUCUUCGGUACAACAGUCUUAUUAACAUGAAGGAAACUAAAAUUACUCUCGCUUUUGUCUGGAUUCUAAAUAUUGGGCUUGGUGUAUUGAGAUUCAAAGGGCAUUCUAUAAAUAUGUUUUGCAGUGUUGCUAUCGUGGUAGUAGCCACAUGUUUGCUCGUAACAUCAGUCUGCUAUCUAAAGAUUCUAAAAAUCAUCGCCAGACAUCGAAAGCAAAUUAACCUCGCCCUGAAAAUAACGUACCAAAUGCAAGACACACUCAGCUUCCCUAAGUACAAGCGGUCGGUCAAUACAAUGCUCCUUAUCUGGCUUUUAUACCUCGUCUGCUACACUCCUCUUCUUUGCUUGCUACUCUACGUUGGAGCAACUGCAGAAAGGAAAUCAUCCAAGAACAUCCCUAUAGUGGGUACGUGUAUCGUUACCAUGACAAUGGCAGGGUCUUGCCUGAACCCAGUCGUUUACUGCCUCAGGAUUGCUGAGUUACGAUGUACGGUCAUAAAGACAGCUAGAGAAAUAUUGCGACUUAAACCAUAAACUUUCAAAAAAUAUUUGAAUCUAUAGUUCAGAACUGGCAAGUUUGGCAUGAGUGGCGUAUUGGUUACCGAUUGCCUCUCCGCACCUCUGUGGUCUGGCCCGGCUCAAACCGGAUCAUUUGUAACCUGAGUUUAUUAUUAUUAUUAUGUUUAUUAUUAUGUUGUUCUCACGAGGGUUUUCUCCGGGUUCACUGGUUUCCUCCCUCCGUAAAAAUCAAUAUGUGACUUGAGUGUUGUUUAUUGUAAAUAUAGAAUGUAGUGUAGCGCUUUUGGAGGGAACUUCACGGAACAGCAGCUGCCCGUACGGGGAGUGAUAGUUCACGGUGAUAUAUAAGUUUUGUUAAUAACUAAUUUAUGGUUCAGGCGUAAACUGAUCAAAGGAUAGGCAGAAUGCAAGCACCAAUCGAGUGAAGUGCCGUAGGUUUCUGCAGGUUCAGAGUUUUCCAAAUGUUAGUCGGCCAAUGUCCCUGGAGAUGUAGUAUUGGCCAUACCGAGGUCGAGUAAGAGAAUGGGUCGAACAUUAUCUGCAGUAGUAUUUUGGGGCUUCUUUAGAGGACGAAUCAGACGCCAUCUUGUAAACAUUUUCCUAAAACAGUCGCACAAUGCACUGCAGAAUGCCAACUCCACCCAGUCUUUUCCACAACCUCAAAACUACUAAUUAGAACAUAUGUUCUAAGUUUAAAAAUGCAUUAUUUUAUUCAAAUAAGGGACAUAAGAUAACGAGGACACAUCAGUACCGACGAAUGCACAGAGUUCCAAUUGAAAAUUUGUUGUGACCUAAAGCGCACAUUAUAAACCUCUACGAUGAAAUGUC